AUGGACCGAUCCUCAAAAAGCAGACUCCUCGAACUUCCUCGAGAGCUUCGCUUUAUGAUAUAUUAUGAAUACAUCAACACUCAAAAUGUGGUCCUUGAAGGCUGUGGCUAUGUACACUCAUGUCGCACUUUCGAGCCAAAAGACCGCUGCUGUUCAUGCCGCACGAAGAUCUGCCCACAUCAUGGUCGUCGCGGCGAUCAAAACGGCAGUCGGUGUGAGACCUCCACAAAGAUAUGCAUGCCCAAGUCUAUGGGACUGGUAGCAACGAAUCGACAAAUCCGGAAAGACUUCUCUCCGUUAUAUGCUUAUGCUAGAGAUCUCACCAUCGAGAUUUCUCACCUCACGGAACUCGUACACAACACCAUCACUAGCUCGGAGCGGGAUGUACUCCUUCGAAACGCAACGCGCAUUCAUGUUAUAGUGGAUGUUGAGAAAGUACUUUCCGGUCCGCCCCAUGUUAUUGAAACUCUCCUGGCGACAUGUGCCACACAGCCAGGGCAGGAUGGCUCAUCAUCAACAAAUCUCGCAAUCUCCUACUGGAUCCGUCCAUGGGAUGGAAAGUUUAGCAGAUAUGUGCGGUAUUCCCUCCCGAUAUAUGCCGGUUGGAACCUCGUCCGCCGACCCAAACAUCUUCUGCUUUUAGGUUCUCCUGAAAACCCGGAUGAUGAUUCUAAUCAUGAGCUUCUGAAAUUCGGUGCCAAUGUCCWCCAGACGAUUCUUGCUCCAUGCGACGGUUGUAUCGCAUGCACUAUCGCUGAGCAACUGGAGGACGUCGUUCGUUUCAAUCGGGAAGAGCCACUUGAGAACAUAUUCCAAGAGUGUCAUCUACCAUGCCAUAUUACAAUUUCUCUUGAUCAUCAUCAUAACAUGGCUGCGCCUCAAUUCCCGAGCCUGAGGAUCUUGCUUCCUUUUGGUUUCCUUGCUGAAAUAAAACUUGGACUUUCCGUCAAAUGGCUGCGGGGCUGA